AUGAUGGCGUGUUCUCGAUCAUGUUCCCGCAUCUUGGGGGUCAGCCUUGGUAUCUCAGCCCAACUUGCAGCUGGUGCCAAUCUUGCUCUGUUCUUUCCUGACUGGGAAGUGACCUAUCUGAAGAAUGGCCUUAUAGGCAAGCAUGCUAUGAGAGGUGCGGGCCUUUGGGGAGGUGGCCUGAUGGUAUUCUUUGCAGCCAUCCUCAUCACACUGAUAGGCUGGCGCCGGGGCUGCUUCAGUAACACUGGGCCCUGCAAAAGUAUGCUUGUUUCCACGCUGGCAGGUUGCCUGGCUCUUUUAGGGGCCUUUGUUUGUUUUAUCACAUCUGGCGUGGCCCUGAAGGAUGGUCCCUUCUGCAUGUUUGACGUUCCCUCAUCCAAUGAGACACAAGCCUCGAAGCAUGGCUAUCCAUUUAAAGGCCUGAAUGACAGGAAUUACCUUUAUAACCGCUUCCUCUGGGAUUCAGUCUGCAUUGAGCCCCGCAGAGCUGUCAUCUGGCAUGUGAUUUUCUUCUCUACACUCCUGAGUGUCAGCAUCAUCCAGAUUCUCCUGGUAUUAGCUCAGCUAAUCAACAGCUUCUUGGGUCUCUUCUGUGGCUUCUUUGAGAAGAGAGAGAUUUAACUUCCAGUCUGCAGCAGAGAUGCCCUUCUCAAGUUGUCCUUCUUCCCAAAAAGAAGCUGAUUGUGGAAGCAAGGAAACAUAAAGAAAAGGACUGAUAUUUAAAAUUGGUACUUAGAUGAAGUAAGAAACACAUUCUCCACUGAUUACCCAGCCCUCUUUACUGUAUCCUCAAUGGACAUAUCUAUCAAUUAUUGACAUGAAAAUCCUAACAUAAAGUUAAUAGCCAAGAAAUAGGCCAUUAAAAAUGAGUUAACAACAGAGAAAGAACCUGACCAUAGAUACUACAGUGACAGAGAAGAUCAGGUUUCAA